AAGCAAAGUCAAAAUGGCGACCCGCUACAGAAACAGAAUUAGUAGACAUGGUUCUUUCUCCGUCUUGUUAUUGUUAACGGAAUUCAACUUAUUAGAACAUGGAUAAUUUGUGUUUUCAUUUUCCAAUAUUUAUGAAAAAGUGUUUCUUUAUGAUUCACAAAAGUGAAAAGUUCGUGGGUCUCAAUAUUGAAUGAGCUUGUUGGAUUACACUACACUAGCAAACUUUUAAUGUAGAGACUAUUGCGGAAUAGUUCAAACAGUAAAUACAUAUAAAGGUGCGUACAGACUUUCGCUCUGCUCCGCAACCGAACGUCACUCCAGCAGAGCGAUUGAUGAUCGACCGGGGAACGCGAGAAGAUCUAACAUCUUCCGUAACGUUCAUGAUGGGUGCGUGGGAGGAGCGACUGUGGUUCGAUGGUGGAACGAGGGCGGUACGAGGGAGGAGCGUGCUCGGUGCGGGUUGGAAGCGCGAAUAUGUGUACGCAGCUUAAGAAUAAAUAGGUCAGUACAGGAGAUGAAAUCGUGAAAUCAGACAGAGAGAUCAGUUAUCAGACUUUUAGAAUUCUGCUAUCAUUGUACUGCCUCAACUUAUUAACAGAACUCACAGAUGCCUUCACCAAAGACUGACCCCAGUGUUACCUCAACACCUGAAGUUCAACUGGACAUCAACUAUUCUAAAAACUGCCUAUUCAAUGAUUCAGGGAACGUUUCCGUGAACGUGUCUCCUAUCAAUUCAUCUCGUAAACGUCAACUGGACGUUGAUGAUUCCAAAAAUCGGUCAUUCAACUAUUCUAAAAGCAGUUCAUACAAUGAAUCCAAUAACGAGACUCCCAUAACUUCAAAAACAUUUUUAUCCAACAAAACUCCCACAGUUUCUAAAACUAUUACAGCUAAUGAAACCCCCAAGUUGCCUCGUGAAAGUUUUACAACUUUUUUCACGUGUAGUACACCCUUAUCAGGGUAUAAAACGCCGUCGGCAAAAAAGAAACGCCUUUUCACGCCGGGAAACAGUAGUGGUUACAUCCCAGUAUCCUCUCCUACUGACAGUGAACUAUUGAGAGCUGAUCUAGACAACAGUGAUGUGUUUUUAGACGGCAGUUGCUUUCAGUCGGUUGAUGUUAACAGUAGUGCUGGGGAGGGGGAGGGGGAUCGCACCCCAUUGAAAACAAUCCUUGAGACAAGUGAGUUGAGUGAUUGUACACCUCUGAAAUCAAUCUUGAACAAUAGUGAUUGUAAAUUGUUGGAGUCACCUUUGAAAUCAAUAUUGUACAAUAAUGAUUGUGAGACGCCUUUGAGAUCAACCUUGAAAAAUACAGUGUUGGAUGGUUGUAAGUCACCUGUGAAGUCUCCCUUGAACAGCAGCUCGAAGAAUGAUAGUAGGUUGUUGCAUACGGCAUCAAAACAACAGUUUGACGACAACGAAUUAGGUUACAUGGACACAACAGCUAAACAGCAUUUUAACGACAGAGAACGGUUGGAUAUGGCUGUUGAAGAACAGUUAGACAACAGCGAGUUGGAUUAUUGUAGGCCUUUGGAAACAACAUCAGAACAACAGUGAGUAGCGGUCAACAACAGAAAUCGGUUGGGAACAUCACAACAACACUUCAGCCACAUCGAACAACAUCAGUGAGCUGUCGUCAACAACUAAACAACAACACAGGAACAGCAAACUUGAUGAUUGCUGCCCAUUGACAACAUUAAUGCGAUUGGUUGUACCAAGAAGGAUCCAGAAGAAACUGUCUAAGGAGCCGUGAUUGUUCGUGCCAAGAAGAACCCAGAAGAAACUGUCUCAGGAGCCAUCGUUAGAAGGUGUAAGCGGUAUUGAAUUUGUGAGUUGCAUUCUUAUCACUAUUGUUGUACAUUACAAUUUAUCUUUAGAUUACUCUAGUCAUUGAAUUGAGAUUUUGAAGAUUCUUUUAGAAGCUAUAGUUUCUGCCAAGUAGCCCAUCAGUCAAAUUUUGUAAAAUUACUAUUUUUUGAUAAAAGUAAAGAGGCUUUUAGGUUUAAAGAAGAUACAGGAUUCAGACUUUCCAUAUGAUAUUAAAUAUUUCAAAAUAUCAUUAGUUAUAAGUACUAUUGAUCUUAUUAUGAUUUGUAAUAAUUUACAAAUUGAUUAAUGUCAUAUUUUUUAUUUGAUCUUUUGUGAAUCAAAUCUAUUCGUAAAUUUGAAUCUGAUACAACUUGCUUAUAAUCUUCAGACUUUUGUAAUCUAAUCUUCGUAAAUUUGAAUAUGAUAAAAGUUGCUUAUAAUCUUCAGACUUUAGAAGCUAUAGUUUCUAUUAGUAAUCAUAGUUACGUGUUGUAGAAGGAUAUUAAGAUUCUUCAGGCAAUAUCAAUAAUGCGGAUUGUUGAAGGUCAUUUCGGAAUGAUAAAUUCAAUUGGAUUUGUUUGAAUUGGAUGAUUAUAUUUUCAGUUGAUUCAUUAAAGAUGUUUGGGAUGAAUUUUGUCAGUUAAUGCUCAUGCAAAGCUAAAUUAAUUUGUUAUAGUCAUUGAUCUAAUGGAUCAAUAUUUUUCAAAAUGAAUCUAUGACAUAAAUUCGAUCAUGUGCAAUUUUAAUUUUAUUCCAAAAUAUGUCAAAUUCACCAUAAUUUGCUGAGAAAAACUGAACAUUAUUUUAAUCAACUUUCUAUCCAAUUUGUUUUUGUCAAUUGAUUUCGAAAUGAUCUCAAUGUAUAAAUACUACUCUAGUUUUUCAAAUAAACUCUCUUUCAGAUAUAUAGAUAUUUGAAGACUAUCAAGAUAGAAAGCUAGAUAGCUGAUUAUCUGAAAACUUGAGAUAGAUGUCUGAUAGAACGAACUUUCUAUUAGAUUCAAGAACUUUCACGGCUGUCUAGGACUGGAUUUAAUGAUCUUUAGACUGACGUUUUUAAGAAAUUAGAUUUUUUUAGACAAAACCUCAUAAUUGUUUCCUUUUAAAUUUAAUUAUUGCUUCAGUUCACGGUCUAUUUCUAAGGUAAAAAAAGUAAAGUCGUAUGGCAUUUGUUUGGUAGGGAGUCCCUUGCGGGAAGGUUUCACCUUGCCUGAAUUUAUCAUUUAAGCCGUAAAUGGGCCUUCCAACUGUCAUACUUCAGCCGGGACCGACGGUUUAACUAAGGUUUAAUUAUUAGAUGAAACAUUCUUGAAAAUUGAAAUGGAAUUUCACAUCAAAAAGGGGACAUAUUGAAGGAUAUCAUCUGCUGAUUCGCCCCUUGUGAAUCAUGUGAUUUGCUUUUGCCAAGUCGGGAAUUAUUGUUCCUAUAUAAUAUAGUAACUAUGUAAUAUUAUAGGCCUAUAGUAAUAUACUAGGUAAUAUAAUAUUUACUUUCGACUGGCAGUCAAUAGUAUAUAUUAUACUGAAAAUUAUAUAAAUAUUCAUUAUAAAAGCAACAAGGGCUCUUCCAGACACUGACAAGUCACAUUUAUCACGUGGAUGCGUUCAAUUCAAUGUUGAAUUCAGUGUGUCGACCGACUUCAACAUAGAAUGAAAUGCAUGGACGCAUCUACUUGAUCAAUGCGACUUGUCAGUGUGUGGAGGAGCCAUAACACUGAAGUAGAUUCAUCUUUAUUCGUUGUCAAUUCAUUCAUUCAUCUUUGUCAUUAUUCAGAGGGUUGACUGUUGACUCUCAAUUCAUUGAAGAAAUUAUGAUAUGGGUUUGGUAUAAGUUUACUGGAAUAAAGAGACAGCAGAUCUUCUUUUUUUAGUGCAGAGAUCCCUGGUGGAACUUUGUAGGCAGGUUUUAGAGAAGCUGGAUGUUGCUUCGACCUUCCUCUGGUCAUCUUCUUAUUAACUUUUAAUUCGAAAAAAUCUCCUUGCUGGUAUGAAUAGGCCUCUUUAUAAAAAAAACUGAAUAGGGGACUCCGUCCUUACUUCGAAAAUCUUAAUGUCGUUACACCUUUUCAUUAGUAAUUGAUGUUAAUACCAUGCAAAUUAGAAAUUGAAUACAUAAGUGGUAUCGAAUAAUAAUAUGAAUAUCUUCCAAACGGUUUGAUGUAUCGGUGUGUGGUUUUUGCCAUUCAUUUUGUCUUGAAAUUCCGUAUUGUAAUCAUGUAUCGCAUGAUCACCUUCCUAUUCAAAAAAAUAAAGUUGCAUUAAAAAUGUCGGACCAGAUUUAGUCACAGUAAAGUAGUAUUUUUGAUUUGAAUAGGAUCCUCAA